AUGGAUGCGGAACGUUCGAGUCUUGACAAGCAGCAGGAUUUCAUUGAAACCGAGGAAGCUGGUCCUUCGAAGCUUCCUGGAAACGAUGAAACCUCCAUUCCCCCAGCCCUCGCGGCUCUCAGCGAGGAGGAGUAUGAACGGGUCAAGAAGUCUGCCGUUCGGAAACUGGAUCUUCGGAUUAUGCCUGCCGUUGUGUUGAUGUAUAUUCUGAACUACUUGGAUCGUCAAAACAUUGCCAGUGCCAAGUUGGCCGGUCUGGUGCAGGACUUGAACAUGACUAGCGUUCAGUAUCAGACUGCCGUCAGUCUGUUGUUUGCUGGUUACAUCACCAUGCAAAUUCCCUCCAACAUGAUCGCGAGUAAAAUCAAAUGGCCCGGUAUCUACAUCAACGUCGCAAUGGCGGUAUGGGGAGCCAUCUCCGCAUGUACCGCCGCAGUCAACAACUUUUCUGGUCUCGUAGCAGCGCGAUUCUUCCUCGGAGUUGUCGAGGCUGCCUUCCUACCCGGUGUUGUCUACUACAUUUCUCUAUUCUACAACAGACAGCAAAUGACUCUUCGUACUGCCAUUUUUUACUCUGGUUCCCAGAUUGGAAAUGCCGUCGGUCCAUUGAUCGCCAUUGGUGUGUUGAACUUGGAUGGUAAAAAGGGAAUUUCCGGAUGGAGAUGGUUGUUCAUCAUCGAGGGAGUGGUCACUAUCUUCUUCGCAAUCAUUUUUGCAGUCAUCCUGCCCCAUUCUUUGCAAACCAUUCGUGGAUUCACGGAACUCGAGAGUCAGUUCCUGCAGUACAACUAUGCGAAGGAUAUUGGACAGCAGGAUCACAAGGAUGAGGCGAGCGCAUGGAAGGGUCUUAAGCUUGCUGUGUCAGACCCGAAGACAUGGUUGCUUCUGGCGACUUUAUGGGCUACUUACGUGUCUGCUGCCGUGGUCAACUGGUUCCCAUCGGUCGUUGCUACCCUGGGUUACUCGCGCAACACUACAUAUGGUCUUACUGCACCGCCUUACAUCCUCUCUUGUAUUGUCAUCAGUCUCGUCGGCUUUCAUUCUGACAAGAAACAAGAACGCUUCUGGCACGUUGCUAUUCCUUUGGCAGUGGCCGUCGUUGCAAACAUCAUUGCUGUGUCUUCAUUGAACACGGGCGCUCGAUACUUUGCCAUGAUGCUCAUGCCCGGAAGCUGCUACUCGGCUGCCAUUGUCAUUCUAUCAUGGAUCACCGGUACACUGUCGCAACCCGCCGUCAAGCGUGCUUCAGCUAUUGCCUUGAUCAAUGCCGUCUGCAAUACGCCUAACAUUUGGACAUCGUACAUCUACUACGGCGCACCUCGCUACCUCGCAGCGUUUCUGCUAAAUAUGGCUAUGGCCGCGCUAGCUAUUGUCUUUGCCUUUGCAUUACAUAUGUAUCUUCGCCGAGAGAACGCCAAGUUGGACCGCGGCGAGGACCCGGGAAAGCAUGGCCCUACUGUUGCCCAGCAAGCUGCCGGAUUCCGGUACUUGAUUUGA